UAAUGUCUCUAAUUGUAUAUGGAGCCAAAAUAAUGAAGUAAAGUGUUUUAAAUUAUCUUGAGUGUCUAUUGUGGAUUUCAAUUAACUUGGAAAACAUGUGAAGCAUUCAAAAAAUAGAAUGUUCAAGAAGGAGAUGCUCUUUUAAUUAAAUGGUAUUAAAUAUUUAUUUAGAUUAGGUUUUUGCUUUAUACUUUUAUUUAAUUUGAACCUGUAUUUAUGUUGUUUUUAGAACUUAUUCCUUUUGGAUACUUUGCUCCUUUUUUUAUCAAAUUUUAUAUUAUGCUACCACAUUCAAGAUGGCAUUCAUUAAUAUAUGGAGUAUUUGAAAAAUUGGAAAUGGAUGAGUAUACAAAUAUAUUCUUCAUUUAUUUUACAAAGAUAGUAAAAUAUUUUUUAGUUAGAUUCUUAAAUGUACAUUGUCAUUAAAAUAUCAUUAUAGUUAAUUGAAACCUGUAUAGAUCUUGUUAGAGUUGAAGAAUUGACUGAAUUAGAAAAAUAGGUUGAUCGUAUAAUGGAGAAAAUCUUAAAUAAAAAGUAAUCGAUUGAAGUGACAAAAUCAAAGAUCAGAUUUAGAAACUCUGAAACAAAAGGAUUUAAGAAUAAUUAUGUUGGAAUUUCUGAAACUAAAUCUUAAAAAUUAUCUGUAUAAGCUAGUGUUAAAGAUAUGGGUCGCUUUGUUGAUUAUAUUCUAUCUUUUAAUACUUAAAAUAGUGAAUUAUAAUUCAUUUGUCCUCAAAAGAAUAUUUGUGUUCAUUUAAGUAAGAAUAAUAUUUAAUUAAGAAACCCUUAUAUCAAUUGAUAUCAAUUCAGACAAAUGUUUAAAGGUGAUUUAUUCAGAAAAUGAUGGGAAUUUGGAACUUAUGAAACUCAAAAAGUCAGAGGAUAUUGAUUUAUGGCUUAAGCCUGUUAUAGAGAUUUUGAUAGAGAAGAUUUCUUAAUUGGAGUGAA